AGGGAGCGCUCGCGGGAGGUCCUGUCCCCGAGGGGCGGAGCGCUGGGCGUCGAGCUCCGGGCUCCGGGUCGCGGCAGAGUCCCAGCGGAGCCCGACCGCUGCCGAGGCGGUCCCGCCGCGCCUGGCGGCCAGGAGGGUGCACUGAAAGAAGGCCGGCGAGCUCUGGUCCCAGCUGCUCCGCUCGGGUUCCGCUUCGGUCCGCGGAUCUGCAGAAGAGAGAGGCUCGGUAGCCGACCCAGGGCGCGCGGGACCUGACCGCCCCGUCGAGGGAAGCUGCGAGGACCUCUGGGCUGUGUUUGUCCGCCGUGUCCCGAGUGCGUCCACUCUCUCCACCGAUCCCUCCGGCGCCUGGCCCUCGAGCCCUCACGGCGUGCACCAUGAGCGGCGGCGAAGUGGUCUGCUCGGGAUGGCUCCGCAAGUCCCCUCCGGAGAAGAAGUUAAAGCGUUAUGCAUGGAAGAGAAGGUGGUUUGUGUUGCGCAGUGGCCGUUUGACCGGAGACCCCGAUGUCCUGGAGUAUUACAAAAACGACCACGCCAAGAAACCCAUCCGGAUUAUUGAUUUAAACUUAUGUCAGCAAGUUGAUGCUGGGCUGACGUUCAACAAGAAGGAGUUUGAAAACAGCUACAUCUUUGAUAUCAACACCAUUGACCGGAUUUUCUACUUGGUGGCAGACAGUGAGGAGGACAUGAACAAGUGGGUCCGUUGUAUCUGUGACAUCUGUGGCUUCAAUCCCACAGAAGAAGAUCCCGUGAAGCCCCUUGGCAGCUCCUCGCAAGCGCCGGUUGAUUCACCUUUCCCUCUGAAUACAGCACCAGCCUCCGCCCAGCUGGAAGCCUCUUCCUCAGCAGCACUACCUCCUUCUUACCAGCUCAUCAGCCUCCCGCCACACCCAGACACUCUAGGCCUCCAGGAUGACCCACAGGACUACCUCUUGUUGAUCAACUGUCAAAGCAAGAAGCCUGAACCCACCAGCCAAGGGUCAUCUUUUGUUUCUGAAGAAGGAGAGGAGUACCUACUACUAGAAGAUUUUGAAAGCAAACCGAUCCCAUUGCAAACCCACGCUGACUCUGCAAAGCCCACCCCUUCCGAGACAGACUGCAAUGACAACGUCCCUUCCCAUAAGACCCCUGCUUCCUCCCAGAGCAAACACGGAAUGAACGGCUUUUUUCAGCAGCAAAUGCUGUAUGACUGCCCGCCAAACCGGGCUCCCUCCGUCUCCGUAGACGCCAGCCUCUAUAACCUGCCCAGAAGUUACUCCCAUGACGUGUUACCAAAGGAGUCUCCGUCAAGCACUGAAGCAGACGGAGAGCUGUAUGUCUUUAAUACCCUGUCUGGGGCUUCGAGUGUAGAAGCUCAGAUGAGACAUGUAUCUAUCAGUUAUGACAUUCCGCCAACACCUGGGAACACUUACCAGAUUCCACGGACAUUUCCAGAAGGCACCUUGGGACAGUCAUCAAAGCUGGACACCAUUCCUGAUAUCCCCCCACCGCGGCCACCAAAGCCACAUCCAGCUCAUGACCGGUCUCCCGUGGAAACGUGUGGCCCCCCACGCGCAGCUUCAGACACCGACAGCAGUUACUGUAUUCCUGCAGCGGGCGUGCCGCCGUCCCGGAGUAAUACCAUUUCCACCGUGGAUUUGAACAAGCUACGGAAAGAUGCUAGUUCUCAAGAUUGCUAUGAUAUUCCACGAACCUUUCCAAGCGAUAGAUCUAGUUCCCUGGAAGGCUUCCAUAACCAGUCUAAAAUCAAAACUGUGUUGACAGUGGGCGGUGUCUCAGGUGAGGAGCCGGAUGAAAACUAUGUCCCCAUGAACCCCAACUCGCCGCCACGACAAUCCAGCAGCUUCACAGAGCCAACUCAGGAACCAAAUUAUGUGCCAAUGACCCCUGGGACCUUCGAUUUUUCUGCAUUUGGAAUGCAAGUCCCUCCUCCUGCUCAUCUGGGCUUCAGGUCCAGCCCAAAGACCCCUCCCAGGAGGCCAGUUCCUGUUGCUGACUGUGAACCACCCCCAGUGGAUAGGAACCUCAAGCCGGACAGAAAAGGUCAGAGUCCUAAAAUUUUAAGACCCAAACCCCAUGGUUUAGAGCGAACUGAUUCACAAACCGUAGCUGACUUUGCUACAAGAAGAAAGGCCAAGCCAGCACCUCUGGAAAUAAAGCCCCUGCCAGAGUGGGAAGAGCUGCAAGCCCCAGUCAGAUCCCCCAUCACCAGGAGCUUCGCUCGGGACUCCUCUAGAUUCCCCUUGUCCCCUCGGCCGGAUUCUGUGCACAGCACGACAUCCAGCAGCGACUCCCACGACAGUGAGGAGAACUACGUCCCCAUGAACCCAAACCUGCCCGGCGAAGAUUCGAAUCUCUUUGGCAGUAACAGCCUUGAUGGAGGGAGCAGCCCCAUGGUCAAGCCCAAGGGAGAUAAACAAGUCGAAUACCUAGAUCUAGACCUAGAUUCCGGGAAAUCCACGCCACCACGGAAGCAAAAGAGCAGGGGAUCAGGCAGCAGCACGGCCGACGAGAGGGUGGAUUACGUUGUGGUGGACCAGCAGAAGACUCUGGCUCUGAAGAGCACCCGGGAAGCCUGGACGGAUGGUCGGCAGUCGACAGAAUCGGAAACUCCCACCAAAAGUGUGAAGUGAAGAUUGACCAUUGCCACUGCCGAACAAGUGGGAACGGAGGAAAAGACAGAUGCCAAGCGUGGGCAAUGAUAUUUCUACGCUCAGUAGAAGCUCAAGCGAGCAAGGAUGGAGAAAAGGACCUCCCAGAUGUGGUCAAGCAAAUUAGCUUGUAAAUGGUGCUGUGUGGUAUUGGGUUUGUAACGUGUAAAUAAUGUGGGGGAAAUAGCGCUGUAGUUCUCACAGAAACAUCUGUCCCUAGCUAACAUGCCUGUAGUAUUACUAUAGCGAUGCACUUUUUCAUUGACCAUGUUGGUUUGGGUCUUCCCAAUGUACCCUAACAGAUCCCCUUGGGUCUUCCCGAUGUACCCUAACAGAUUCCCUUGG